AUGACAUUGAUUAUAUAAUCCGCCAUUGUGUCAAUUUAUAAUGGUAUCACCUAAACAUAGCACAAUUACUUUUUACUGUUUGAUCAAUUCUUAAUUAUGGGAUAAUUUGGCUAAAACUUAUCAUUGAUAUUAUUAAUAGGUAGUAUAUGUUUGUCAAAUGAAUUAAUUAUUUCAGAUGAGAAUGUAAAGUUAAUAUUAAUAUAGAUUAAAUGUUAUUAUUUGAGCAUGCGUUUUAUUCUAAGCGCUAAUGUACUCAUGGAAAAACAGAAAUCUAUUUACUAUUUGUUUUGCGUAUUUUAUUUGUUUUUCAGAUCUCAUUUAUACUUAUAACCAUUAUGUUAUUUGUCUAUCUUUGGCUAUUUAAUGAUUUUGAUAUAAUGUAAUGAUUUGAAUAAAUCCAAAAAGGUCAAUAUUAAAAGGUUACCAACAGAAAUUCUAAAAAUUCUUAAAUACAUUAACUUUUCAAUUUUUUUAAAGCUAGCCUACCUAUUCCUUUUUGUAUUACAGAAAAUAAUUGA